ACAUUUAAAUAUUUAAGCUGAUACAUUUUAAUCUAAAAUGUUUUUUUUUCCAGUGAUAGGUAUAAAUGGAGGAUUAGGAAAUUAGAAAAGAGCAGAAUCAUUAUUGACUUCUUAGAUUUUACAUACAGCAUUGCAUUACAUCUGCAAAUGCCCACAUUGCAAGAUGAAUACAAUGUUGAAAACAAAGAGAACUGUCUGCUUAGUGGUAUCAACUUGGAAUCUCUUAACAUAUUCUUCAAGUAUAAGGAAUAUCUACUUCCUUUUGUUGAAAAAUCAUUUGAAAACAUCAGUAAGGAACAUCGUAAUCUUGAAAAUGUUGCUAAGUUAAUGGAAGAUUUAUUAUCUACUAUUACCUAUUAUCAUAAAAUAAUUGUUGAUUUGAGCCUUGUGGGAGUCUUUCAUGAAAAUUCUUUAAAAGAUUCAAUAUUGGAAGUAAAAUUCGUCAAUGGUAACCGAAGAACAUUGUUUUUGCUGAAAUUUUCUCUAAAUCCCGAAACCCAUUUAGAAUUGCCAAUAAUUCCACAUUAUCUUCAUCUUCGAGGCGUAAAUUUCAGGGAGGAAAUCGUAAAAGUGUGUGAAAGUGUGUUACCCGGUGAAAAUUACUUAUCCAGAACAAUUUGUGCAGUGGAGGAUUUUUUAACCAGAAUUCAAAACACAGUUUAAACAUAUCCAUGUCAAUUUGACUAUUAAAAUUUUGUAUUAUAUUGUCAUUUAUUGUUUUUAAUUAAUAAAUAUUAUUUGACGGUGUAAGUUUGUAACUAUUUGUAAGUCAUUAACUGUAUUUAUUUCGGUAUCUUAUGAUUAUUUUGUACUGCGAAGUACUUUAGUCAUUUGUUAGUUUUUAAUCAAUUUACCAUAGUCAUGGAUCUACAUAUGGGAGACAUCUUGUAUUGAUGAUGAAGAGCCAUGCAAUUGUCCGACUUUAGAACUUCCCAAGCACUGGAUGGAUGUUGCAAAUUGCCUAGUUGCAUCUUACGUAAUGACAUCGCCAUAUUUUGGAGAGUUAUACAUUUUGUCGUCACUUCCCUUUAAUGCAAGUAAUUUAAUUUAUUUCUGUUUCAAUUAAUUUAGUUUUUGCAUGUGUUGUAUUAUCAUUUGUUUUAUCUUCAAAGUUGUUUGUUCAAAUUCUUAGAUUU